AUGAAUUCAUUAUCAAAUGUUCAAAAACAACAAAUACGAAAUGCAUUCACGUUAAUAGAUGGAGAAAGUAGAGAUAAGAUAGUUACAAAAGAUGAUUUAAAAAAAUUAUACUCAACACUAAACCUAAGAACGCCAGGGGAAGCUCAAUUAUCCGAAAUGUUCAAUAAUAAAGAAGGGCUAGAUUUCAACGAGUUUUCUAAUAUGAUGAGUCAGGAAAUGAGUGCUGUGGAUGAUAAAUCAAUUAUACAUAAUGCAUUAAAGGUGUUUUCAGAUAAGGGGAAUUUGAAAACUUUUAAAGAUGAAAUUCAAAUUGACAUACUGGUGCUUAAGGAUGCUUGUUGUUCAGUUCAACUUGGUGAAAUUGGAUCUGGAGAUAACAGAUUAUCCAGAAGUACAUUUGAUAAAUUAACUAAUAAUUUUAUUCAAACCACUCACGAUGGUAAACAAAUAUUUUUAGCUUCAAAAUGGCUCGACGCUUAUUAUUAA